UUAAAGUCACAAUGUAAAGUCCCGCGGAAACAACCGGACAACUUCCUCGUCCACCUCGUGCCCGACCCCGACUCUCUCUCUCUCUCUCUCUCUCUCUCUCUCUGCAGCAAGCAAGUCUAGACACUCAGGAACCAGUCGCAAUGGCGGUAGCUUCUUCUUCGACCUUUCGCGUUUGGCGUUUUCUGGCGAAGUACCCAUCUCGUCCACUUCUCUAGUUUUUCAGCACGACCCACAACGGCGAACGCGUGAUGCGCUUUCUCACGUGAAAAACCACUCCCUCUCUCUCUCUCUCUCUCUCUCUCCAUAUCCAACCGCUUAUUUAACUCCUCGCCGUCGCCGUCGUCGUCGUCGUCGUAACAGUCCGUCUCUCACGCGCAAGAAAUGGCGGCAAUGCCGCCGGUGCUGUUCCGGGUCUCGCUCGCCCUGUCUUGCUUCUUGCUCUGCUCCGAGCCCGCGCUCGUCGGAGGAAUCCCAACGACUCUCGAGGGGCCGUUCCCGCCGGUGACGGUGCCCCUCGACAAGAGCUUCCGAGGAAACGCCGUCGACUUGCCGGACACCGACCGUCGGGUCCAGAGGACGGUCUCCGGGUUCGAGCCGGAGCAAAUCUCCGUCUCCCUUUCCUCCAACUACAACUCCGUCUGGAUUUCUUGGAUCACGGGAGAGUUCCAGAUAGGUGACAACAUCGCCCCGUUGGAUCCGAACAGUGUGGGGAGUGUUGUUUCUUACAGGGUCUCAAGUUCUGGACGGCGUCGUCAGGCGACCGGUUAUUCGCUGAUUUACAACCAACUUUAUCCCUUCGAAGGUCUCAAAAACUACACUUCUGGCAUUAUACACCAUGUUCGUCUGAAAGGGUUGAAGCCCAACACAUUAUACUAUUACCAAUGUGGAGAUCCUUCAAUAGCAAUGAGCGAUAUAUAUUAUUUUAGGACUAUGCCCGUCGCUGGCCAGAGGAGUUACCCCAGCAGAGUGGCCGUGGUUGGUGACUUGGGUCUUACAUACAAUACCACUUCGACGGUCGACCACAUGCUGAGUAAUCAUCCUGAUCUUGUUCUUAUGGUCGGGGAUGUGACUUAUGCUGACUGGUAUCUCACAAAUGGAACUGUGACCGAUUGCUACUCCUGCUCGUUUCCACAAACUCCUAAGCAUGAAACCUACCAGCCACGAUGGGAUUAUUGGGGCAGGUUUAUGCAGCCUCUAGUGUCGAAAGUGCCCAUCAUGGUUAUAGAAGGAAAUCAUGAGAUUGAAGGACAGGCUGAGAAUCGAACUUUUGUCGCCUAUAGUUCUCGAUUUGCAUUUCCAUCCAAAGAAAGUGGAUCAUCGUCUACGUUUUACUAUUCCUUCAAUGCUGGCGGCAUACACUUUUUAAUGCUUGGUGCCUAUAUUUCUAUUAAUAAAUCAUCGGAUCAGUUCAGAUGGUUAGAGAAAGACCUGUCUAAGGUUGACAGAGAAGUCACACCAUGGCUGGUGGCUACAUGGCACCCUCCUUGGUACAGCACUUACACGGCACAUUACAGAGAGGUAGAGUGCAUGAGGGUUGCAAUGGAGGAUUUGCUGUACAGUUAUGGGGUUGAUGUCGUCUUUGUUGGACAUGUUCAUGCCUAUGAGCGGUCAAAUAGAGUAUACAACUACACUCUAGAUCCCUGUGGUCCUGUUCACAUCACGGUCGGAGAUGGUGGUAACCGAGAGGACCUGGCAAUUACACAUGCAGAUGAACCUGGAAACUGUCCAGACCCAAGUACCAGCCCUUAUAGGUACAUGGGUGACUUCUGUGCCUUUAACUUCACAUCAGGCCCUGCUGCAGGCAAAUUCUGCUGGGACAGGCAACCGGAAUAUAGCGCUUACAGAGAAAGCAGCUUCGGGCAUGGAAUUUUUGAGGUGAAGAAUGAGACUCAUGCUUUGUGGACAUGGCAUCGUAAUCAAGACUUGUACAAGUAUGCAGGAGACGUCAUCUACAUCGUUCGGCAACCUGAUAAGUGCCCAAUCAAGGGGAAGAGAAACAUCUGACCAAGUCCAUAAGACCAGACAAUUCAUAGAACAGAUCAAGAUUAAAUUUUUGAGAAGAAAAUUUAGCAGUUGUUACUUCUACAGUUGAUACAGAGAGCUGUUGCUGCUUCUACAGGAAGCUAAUUAUAGGAUUGUGGGCAAGAGGAUGCAUUUGUCUAUUUCACGUGUAAAA